AUGUUGGACUUUCUGCGCAAAAACAUGGGGAUGGAGAUUCCUCUAUUUCUGUAUAUGCUAACAAGUUUCCUGAAAUAUCCAGUUUUCCAAAAUUUAAUGUAUGAGAAGGUUUGCCUUGCACGUUAUGAUCAGGACUUCACAUUAUGCUCAAAUGUGUCAGCGUACUAUUCUGAUAAAACAAUUCAAGCUGAUGCGAAUCACUUCUACUUCUUGUCCUCCAUCGUGCUUGUUCUUCCAUCUCUCAUCUCUACGCUUGCAUUAGGGGCAGCCGCGGAUUUGUGGAGUAUCAAAGUCCCUCUGUUAAUACCGUUUCUUGGCCUUAUUCUAUGCACUACAAACUAUAUUAUUCAAACAGUAUAUAUGAGUCUAUCCGUUUAUAUGCUGCUAAUAAGUGAUGCCUUAUUCGGCAUCUGUGGUGGCUAUAUUUCUGUGAUAUCCACAACCCUUAGUUAUGGCGUAAAAACGACGUCGACUUCUCGCAGAAGUGUCAGGAUUGCAGGACUUGAAGGUGCUAUCGGUCUUGGUGGUACUGUGGGAUACGCCAUCUCUGGAACAGUAAGAGAAGCAUUUGGAUACUCCUACACGUUCUUGUUGAUGCUUGUUCUGCAAGUGUUUGCAUUCUUCUACAUCCUCAUAUGCGCCAAAGAUUCAGAUAAUGCUGAUGCUGGUGCAGAUGACGAUCGAGGAUUAAUCUUAUUAAUUGUCGAAGAAACAACAGCAGCAUUUGUGGAUUACUGGCAGCUUUUGGCGACCAAACGAAGAUUUCGUCUCCUUCUUGGUUUGAAUUUAUUUGCACUUGGAGUGGAACUGCUUAUAUUUGCAGGUUUGAUGGACAUUCAAUAUUCUUAUUUACGAUACAAGUUGGGCUGGGGAGACAAGGAGUAUGGAUGGUUCAGUGGAUUGCAGUAUGGAGUAACAACUGCAACU